AUGAGUGUUACUACAUUUGCAUUCUACAGCUGUGCGCUCGGGCUUCUGGCUAUAGGACUGCGCGAACUGCUUUUCGGUUUUGAAGAAAACAGAUGUAGCAUGACAUACAUGUUCGAGUAUCCAGAAUACCGGCGUGUGCCGCUGCCCCGACGUGUCGUGCGACAGUACCCAGCCUAUGGCCUCUACCUAUAUGGGGAAGGUUUGUAUGCUCAGGAGACCAGAGGACUGAAGCUUACUGGUGCCCCUGUGCUCUUUCUGCCUGGGAAUGCUGGGAGUUAUAAACAAGCUCGUUCUCUGGGCUCUGUGGCGUUGAGGAAGGCUGAGGCCAUGGAGAGUGGUCUCCACAUGAAUGUCUUCACCGUCGACUUUAACGAGGAGCUGGUGGCGCUGUACGGGGGAAGUCUCCGCCGACAGACGCAUUUCCUCCACGAGAGCAUCAAGGCCAUACUCCGCCUCUACAAGGACCGGCCGAACCCCCCCACGAGCGUGGUGUUGGUGGGUCAUUCCAUGGGAGGGGUGGUGGCCCGAGCCUUGUUCACCCUCCCCCGGUUUAACCCCAGUCUGGUCAGUCUUAUCAUCACCCAGGCCUCCCCACACCAGGCUCCAGUCCUUUCACUGGAUCCACACAUACUGGAGUUUUAUUCGGCUGUUAGGCAGAAGUGGGUUGCGGGUGCAGAGGACCUGCAGAACGUCACGGUUCUCUCUGCGGGAGGUGGUUACCGUGACUACCAGGUGCGGUCCGGGCUGACAGCACUGCCCUGCCCCUCGGAUGACCUUAACAAGAUCUCCCUGGUGGUCACUGCUGUUCCCAGGACCUGGGUGUCUACAGAUCAUCUCUCGAUUGUGUGGUGUAAGGAGCUGGUUCUGGCCACAGUCCGGGCUUUCUUUGACCUCAUCGAACCUGAAACGAGGCAGUUCACAGAGAACAUUGAGAAGAGAAUGUCUGUGUUGAAUCACCACUUCAUUAGACACCCUGUACAGGUGCCUGGCAACCAGCUUGAAACUCCAGUGACCUUCACAGCUCCCUUAGAGGCAUGGAGUGAGGUGAACACUCUUCGGCUUUUCUACAGCACACCCAAGGAAGCACAAAUGAAGUACUUCCUGUUUGCCCUGUCCAGUCGGAGGAGAGCCUACAGUCACUUCCACUGCCAUAGUAGUAACCUGGAAAUGUCCAGCUGGCUGUUUGGCUGUACACAGAUGAAUGGUUCUGUUUGUUUGCAGGCAGUGGAUCUUUCUAUGGGGACGGAGCUUCUUCCAGCUUUCAAGGCUGUAACGGUGAAACUGAGUGAGCUGUCUGCCGUUUCUCAUUUGGUCGUCAGUGCCUCUAACCUGAGUGGGAGACAGUUCAUGGUGGAGUGUGAGUGGCAGAGGGAGGAGAGCCAAACUGUCUCCCUGCCUGUCCCUCAUGUCCUCUCCCUGGGUCUCACUGCCAGUGAAAUCACUAUUAACUCCUCAGGCCUCCUCCACACAUUACAGCUGCAACACUUUCACCAGGUCUAUCAGGCCUUCAGAAUCAGCAUUGUGAGUCACUGUAAAUCCCCCAGAGACAGACUGCCCAGUGUGUACAGAAUGAAGGUGCCCUGGUUUAGAGAAGACACUUUCACCACAGCAAACGUUCCUUCUGUAACUGAAAUAUCGGCCAUGCUUCACACCCAGCGACCUGACAACUCCUCAAGUGCCAUUCUGCAGCUCCACACUGCCCCUAACUGCCAGUAUAAGGUGUCUGUGCGGACCUCCUUCCCCAGAGUCCUGGGACAGGUGUUGCGGUUCUGCGGGACGGUACUGCCCGUGUACAUGUCCGUCACGGUCCUGUUGGCUCUGGGAAGACAGCUGAGCUCCCUCCUCCGGACGGGUCGUCCGCUGGGAAUGACUGACGCUGUGGCUGAAGCACUGCAGCCUCAUAAAGUCCAGCUGCCCGUUUACACGCUUCACCUACUGCUCAAAUUUGACUGGUUUCAGGAGAGCUGGUCGGCUCUUGGGCUCCCCCUGGUGGACACACUUCCUUUCACGCCCCUGGAGGACAUGUCCCACAGUGCAACACAGCCCAGCCAGGACUGGACCCACCUGGUGUCUCUCCUCCUGUGUGUGCUGGGGGCUGCCGUGGCAUUCUGGGCCAGCGCCGUCCUCCGUCUUUCUCUGCGCAUGCUCUCGUUCCUUCUCGCCCCCCUGCACAGGCCCUCUGUUUCUCGGGACUGUGCCACUCUCCGUCUGCGUACACAGAUCCUCUUUAUCACUGCGUUGACGGUGCUGGGCGGAGCCACCUGUGGGGCUCUGGCGGUCACUGUCGCCUUCCUGCUUCACCUCUACAGGGUCAUCAGAUUACAAAUGACAGACAGGUCCUUAAGCCACAUGCUCAAUCUGGCCCCGCAGAAGGUCCCUGAGAAGGCAGAGAACGGCUUUGGGAGCGGUGACAGGCAAACCGGAUCUGAAUGUAACGGCGCCCCCUUGCUGUCUGAGUCAGUACUGCAGGAUGUCAGAGAUGAUCUGCAGCUGCACCUGAGUGUCUCUGCUCUGCUCACUCUACCCAUGAUGCUCAGUGGCCCGUCCCUCCUCCACUGGACACGAAACCUCAGACACUCUGCUCAUCUGGAUCCUGACCCAUUCUGGCCACAUACAGUGCCUCUGAUCAUUUCCAGUGUGCUGCUCAUCAACUGCAACACUCUCAGGCUUAAACACAGUAAACUCUUGCUCCGUUUGACCUCCAAACUGCUGCUGCCCUUGUGUGUUGCCAUGGUGACCUUCUCACCUCUGCACCUGUAUCGAGUCACCCACUUCCUCUCUGCAGCCCUGGCUUUCCUGGCUGCUUCCUGUUACCUCUGACCUUUUCUCUGACUCACCAGUAAUCCACCCUGGAUUAAAACC